UGUCAUCUUUGACAAUAUUCUAGUUUGUUGCGUUUGGGUUUUACGUGUUUUUCGUGUUGUUUAUUAUUAUUAUUUGUUAAUUUUAACUUUGUUGUUUAUGAUGAACAAAUUUUAUAGAAGUGUGUUUUGUAUUACAUUUAAUUAAAAAUAAAUAAUAUAUAUUUCCAUUUCGGAUACUAAAAAUCUAAUAUAUCAAAAAGGAAACACAUAAUGAGGGAUCACCAACCGGUUUGGAAGAAAUCUGAGGACUCAGUUAAAAAAUUUGAUACUUCUGAAAAUGUGAUACAUCAUAUAGCAGCAAGCCCAAGACAAAUAAAAACACAAAUUGCUAAAAUUUCUUAUACAAGCACUUCAAGAACUCCAACAAAGAAAAAUAAACCAAAGGAGUCUCCUAAAAAACAAGAAGAUGAUUUUACAGAACCAGCAUCAAGACAAGUAAUUAACUCAACUGAACUUGAAACAAGAAAAAUAUGUCCAAAUGAUAAUACUGGCGUUGAUUUUGUUAAAAUGAAAGAGGAGCGUGAUCAAGAAUUUAAAAAUCUUAACACAUAUUUAACCGAAAUUAUAAAUAAUAAAUCGGUAGAGAAAUCAAAAUUAAAUGAAAGCGAUACAUUAGAAAAUAAAGCGGAUAGUAGUACUAGUAAACAUGGCAAAAUGUUUCGUAGAUGUAGAACGGAAAUGGAUUAUAAGCCUUGUACGCAAUCAGAACGUCGUUCAAAGACGAGGGUGGGAUCUAUAGUAAGAUCAAAGUCAAGUAAUCCGCCGGACACCAGUUCGCAUGAACAUCUUCCUACAGUUUCACAAAAAGUUAAAAGAAAAUCUUACAACGUUGAAGAAGCUCGAAAGUUUUUACAAGAUCAAAAACGAAAAAGACGAUCUCAACAAUUGUCUACGCCUAUAGAAGCUAAGGGUGAAAAAAAUACCUUAGAAAAGGAACAAAUAAAACUAAGGCUUGAAGAACUUCGUAAAAAUUCUCGAGCAAUAAUUACUAAAAAUGUUAAUAAGAAAAAUAAUGCCUCCACUGGACAUAGUAAUCAAAAGAUUUCUCUAGGUGAAAUAAAAGCAAAAGAAAUUAUGAUUGAUCCUGACUUUUGUAAAGAAAUAAACGCUACGGUAAAAGAUAGUGGAGAAACAAUAGAAGAUAAAAACUUUGAUCCCGAAUUAAAAACAAGAAACGUAGUAACAAAUAUUAAUAAAGUAAUACAAAAUGUGAAGACAGAAGGCAAUAUUUCGAUAAUUCCCGAAGCAUUGGAGGAAAUAGCGAAUUUGAAACUCCCUGAGAAGCGAAUUGGAUUAUUACGCAAACCAGAAACUAAAGAUCACUCAUUUAGUGCUAUAAGAGAAUUUAACUUUGACAAGGAAAAUAUUGCUUUAGAAAUGAUGACACCCAAAUUAAGCCAUUCAGUACCACUGAUUCCAAAAACAACUAGUAAUGAUGAAAUCAAAGGAAAAGAUCGAGAAGUCAUUCCAGUGGAAUUUACAUAUCGUAAGCCCGCAACUGUUACAUUACAAAAUUCGCAAAGGGAUGAACUCAAAAAAUCUAAACAGUCGAAAGGAAAUGAAGUUGAUUCCAUCAAGAAAGGUUGCGACGAAAUCCAAUCAAAGAUUGAAACUUGUUCCAAUAAUAUUACUCUUAAUGAUCUGCCAUACUGGCUGAAGCCAAGUGCGGUACAGAUCUAUCCAUACAAUUUCAUAAUGGCUGUAAGACGCAAACUCGAAGCCCUUGCCGAUGUAAGACCCGUUAAUCAAACCGAUACGAAAUUUCAAAAAACUGUUAAUACUGAAACUUCUGGUGAAUCGUUUUCAUCAAGAAAUUACGCUUUUAAAACUCAACCAAUUGUUAAAAAACCACAUGCUGCAGAAAGUAAAUAUACAGGGAAAUUAAUUGAAACUAUUAAGAUAGACCCAGAGCGAAAAGAUUAUACAAAUUGCAGCGUCUCUAAUAUACAUCUUCUGCAAUCUCAAUCUGAAUUCAACUCGAACCUUAGCUCAAUUUCAGUGCAAUUGCUUCAUUCUUCAACUAAUCAAUCGAAAACAUCAUCAAAAAAAUCAAAUAGUAUUCCACUAACUUAUGCGAAAUCUAAAGCCUCGGCUCAGGCAUCGGAAGAUGACACUACAAUUUCCAGUUCAAUAUUUAAUAGCCCUGAGCGAAAUAUUCGCCAAAGAAAAGUAAUCGGUAAAAGCAAAUUCGAAGAACUGCAGGGAACCAUUAGUCCCCUCUCCCUAGAACGUGUAGAAAACUUGACAAUAAUGUCAAACAAGAAAUUGAAAAAAGCAAUUGCAGCGAAACAUGUAAACCCUAACAGGGGAGAUUCACAAGCUUCCUGCAAAAUGGAGAACGUCUUGUCUCAUAACAAGAGCACAACAAAUGAUAUCGACUUCAAUAAACUUCUAAACGACUUUAAUCGCAGUUUGUCACAAGUUAUUGAAGUAAAUGAUCGGCUUAAAACAACUAUUAAUAAAUCUCAUGAAAUUUGUGGCUCGGUACAUACAGAAAAGAACAAUCCAAGCGAAGUUUAUGAGUAUACCACAGAUUUUGAGAAAUGCUCUAGUCAUCAAACCUAUAAUAGUUCUUUGGAGCUACAUAAUGAAAUUGAAUUGCUUGAUGCUCAUAUCGAAACUUAUUCUGAAAAAGAAAACCUCGAGCUUGAUUAUGGAGAUAAGCAAAUCUCCAAACACUCGAAAAAUAUUAGUAAAUAUUCUUACAAUUCAAAUGAGUCGAUGAAAGUUUCAAAAAACAUAGAAUCUCAGCAAGAAAUGGACCGAUUGCGCAAAAUAGAAAAAUCAAAGGAGAGAUGCAUAAGUUCGCAAAAAUAUGGAUUGAGUAAAGAAUAUCAUGAGGGGUCUGAAACAUGUUCAUUUAACGGGAUAUACAAAAUGUUUGAAAUAUUAAAACAAGAAAAGUCUGAACGCGCAGAACAUUUAACUGAAACUCUAAUUUCAACGAAUACUUCUGAGGAAUAUGCUUGCGAAAUUCCUUCUAAUAUAACGGAAAUUAUUAAAUCUAAGACUGAAAAGGAAAAUGUACACCUAUUGUCUAAAAAUUUAACUUCAAGUCACAAAAUUUUAGAAAUGUUUGAUCACUCCAAUCUGGAAAUUUCGUUGGGUUCCGCAAACAACGACAGUUUUUCUGACUCAACUUGUAGCUACACAAAUGUGGGAAUGUAUGAAAAGUUAAUAAGAAAUGAAACCACAAAAUCUGAGCAUUUGGCAGCCUUAUUAAAAAUGCGGGAAAAGGCUUUAUUCGAUCGAACAAAAGGUCAAAUUGCUUGGUUAGAAGUUCAAAAGGAGCGCUGCAAAUCAAAGGGUUUACUUAUACAAAUUGCGGCCAUUAAAAAGAAGCAACGUGGAAUUUUGCUGAAAAUGGAAAAAGAGCGUGAAGAAAUCAAAAGGUUACUGCAAUCGACUACCACAACAAGUUCAACGGAGUCAACGUCGAACCGUGAAAGGAACGCAUUCGUUUCCACGUCAAGAAAGCGCGAUAAGAGUGUGGCUCCUCAGAAAACUAACUCAAAAAUUAGCCGUAGAACUCCGCAAAUCGGUCGGGAUGAGAAGCAACCGCCGCCUUCACAAUCUUCUUCAGUUAGCAGCAUUUGCAACAAUGCAACAGGUUUAUCGACACAGAAUUUUAAUGUAAAAGUGGAUCGACCGGAACCAGUAGUUCGUGCUAAUUACACCCUUGAAACGUCCCGUUCACUUGAGGAGCUUUUAGAGAAACGUGAAUUAGAUUUACAACGUCGUCGAAAGCAUGUUGAGCGAUUGAUGCAGUGGCAUCGUCGACUCGAUCAAGAAGAAGCUGAAGUUCUACAAAUGGAGAACAAACUACUUAGCUAUAACACUCAAAGUCAAUCUAAACAUCUUGUCACUGACAAAACAAAGGAUUUGCCUCAAGAUCACGUUGGCACAUUUUCCGUUAGGAACUAUAAUGCACACGUAAAAGUUCAGCGCCGUUUAAAAGAAAUUAAGAAUAGUUUAAAGGAAUUACACAGCAUUUCAAGUACGCAUACAACUGCCGGAAGUAACGAAGGAAGUGGAGAAGAAUUUGUGGCCGAUGCAAUUGAUUGCGUUCGUACCACUGGCACGAAGUUGAACAAAUUGUGGCGUCGACUCACCUCACAGCAAUAUGAUAAAUAUGAACCUGAUAAACACUAUAAACUCUCAAAAACAGAUUUGGAACAUCUCUAUGAGGCUGCAAAGGUAGCAGUGCUUAAAGACUUUUCACGUAAUGAGGGCCGCUUGGCUGCUGAGCUUCUAGAAAAAAGUAUAUUUUCUUACGACUCGAAUAUAUCACCAGUAUUAUCAAAUCAGCAAAAACAACCAGAGCAAGUUUUGGUACCAUCUCUGAAAUUGUGUACCAGCUCUGAAUCUGAUAAAGAAGCUGACACAUGGGACGAUACAUCCGCUAAUUCUUUACAACCAGAUAAUUAUAGUCCAAGCACUGCUGCAGAAAAAUUUCAACACGUCUAUGAACGCAGUUCGGGCUCUGCUACACCUAGCUCGGCUGUUACGCAAUCGUUAUCUGAAGCAAAUAUAUUAUUAACAAAAAUAACGUCAGAGAUGAGAAGUUCAGCCCCUAACACAAUUCCAAAUGUUGGUUUAGUUCGAAGUCUAUCCGAUGGUGUAUUAUUCUCUAAAGAGAGUAUACCGCAAGAUAGAAAACAGGAAGCAGUGAACGUAUGUAAAGGACAAUGCGCAGAAUUUAGUCAAAAGUCUUCCACCUCUCAGAUUGAAAGUCUUUCGAAACAAGAUUUAAAAAGCAAUAUUCCAUUACCGUUACCAUUAAAUACCUGCAGUACAACAUAUGAAAAUAGUAAAUCUGCUAACGAACCUGUGUUUGCAACAGCGGGAUUGAGCUGUAAAAAUGCGUGCAAGGAAAAUGAAACGGUAGUUCUGGAAACUAUGAGCCGCAGCACAGCAUAUAAUGAAGAAUACAAAGUUUCUCCUAAUCAACAAGAAAUUCUUAACAGCUUUCAGCAAAAUUCGGAUAAAAUUUCAAAUGAUAAUAAUAACAGUAAUAGUUCAUGUACAAAUUUAGACUCAUCUCGAAAUGAUAAUAAUAACAGCAUCUCAUUCACAAAUUUGGACUCAAUUAAAAGCCAAACUUUAAACGACCAAGAGUCGUUUAAUUCGAAAACCUUUAUAAGUGAGCCAAAAUUGUGUGAAUCUGAAGCACCCACGAAUGAAAAUUUGAUUUCCAAGUCAUAUGGAGACGAUUUUGAAAGCACCGGCGAACUAACGCAAUUAGAUGAUUUAUCAUUGCCUCAUUUUGAAAGUAUUGUGGAUGUUUCCUUGCCUGGAGAUGAAAGUAACAAUCCAGACAGUGAAAACGUAGAUCUAGAUCCGAAUGAAAAAGAUAAUAUGGAAAAAAAUAUAGCGGUUUUAUUUAGUGAUUCAGAAAAUUCCAGGGAUUCGUCAGCGCAGCAGUCUAAUUCAGAACAAAUACCAGUCCCUUCACCACCCCCAACUCUCGCAGAUAAUGUGCGCCUCCAAGCUCAGGACGCUAAUAAAGGAUCAUCAGCAUCGAGCUCAGCGCAACUUAUGCCUGACAUUAUAAAUGAACUUGAAAUACGACGUUGUCAACAAAUACUAAUCGAACCUGAGAAAGCAAAGCAAUUUGACAAUAAUUCAACUGUUAUACCAUAUAUGUACGUCCGGGAAAUUCCGAAUAAACCACCACCGCCUUAUGUACCCCCUGCGCACGGAAGUCCAAUGACAACUAUAUUUCCAUCUGAGGAAAGGAUUAGAGAAAUAAGCUAUCGACGAACACAUGAAUUAUACUGUGAACUCCUUAAGACUGAUUAUAUUAAUGAAACCGGUGAAAAAUUGCCGACAGUGAUGGAUGAGAAAAUAACAAAUAUUUACGAACGCAUUAUACUGGAUAUCUGCCGUGAAUAUCUUGACGAGCAUAGUGAGGUUUUAACCCAAGGAGAUGCCGUCAAUUUCCAUACUCAAUUGGCAUUCUUCAAUCCUCCAAAUCGGUUACACUGUAUUCAAGAGUCCGUAUACAAAGAAGUUCGACGAUGUCUGGCUAUGGAUAAAACGUUGAAACGACGUACACCAAUAUAUUCCGUGUAUGGCCAAAGGGCAAAUCGUGAUCACAUCGGUAAAAUUAUAAUCCAAGAAAUGUAUGACGAAGAUGAUAAAUGGUGUAACUUUCAUCGGGAAGAAAAUGAAGUAGUAGAUUUAAUCAUUUGCGAGAUGAUUGGAAAAUGCCUAACUAGCAUAGCAAAAGAAGUUCUAAUUGAAGAAAAUGGGACCGUUGAUAUCACAUAUAGAGACGAUGAAGAUGCAUGUGAUGGAGUCAGCAGUUGUUCUCAUGAAGCAGGGUCAAAACAACCGAAUAACAGUGUAGACCUUCUAAUACAUGAUGCUUAAUUAGCAAUGAAGAACCGAAAUUUAUUCGGAUUUUGUACUUAUUUUUAGAAAUGCGUUGUUAAAUAAAAAUUAUCUAUUAAUUUUUAAUAUAUUCUACAAUACUAUGAGAACUUACAAAAUUUGAGUAAUUUUUUUCUAGAAAGACCUCAAAAUAUUAAAAUAUAAAAAAUUUAGCUUUAUGUUAAUCAAAAUAUAUAUGACAGGACCCAUGUAAAGGAAUACAAAAAGAACUAUAACUAUUCAAAAGUAAUGCAAAUAUUAUUAUUACAUGGAUACUUUAUUUUAAAUAUAUUUUAUAAGUAGUAAUUUUGUCCGGAUCACCUUCAUUAUUGUUUGUUUAUGUAAAUCAUUCUUGGCAAACUGAUCUUGAUAGCUGUUUUUGGAAAGUCAUAGCUAUGCAAUUUUAUACCUCGAAAAAAACACCUUAUGUUGUUAUGCAAUGUAAAAAGAGAUCUCGAAUAGUGAGAGAAAACAAGUAAUAUUCUUUGCAACGACGUUAUACGAAUGAUAAUACUGAAAUAAAAUUCGCCAAGAUAAUUUUAUAUAUUUACUAGCAGACCCGGCCACACGUUUUUGUGGCUAAGGCAUAUGUACAUAAAAUUAGUAAGUUUUUCAAUAUAGUGAAAAAAUUCUUACGCAUAAAGACGAAAACGUUAUAGCCGGCAAAUUUGAAAAUGAUUGAUGCAAAUCAACAUGAUUUGUAAAACUUUGUAUUUUUUAAUCUUAUAUUGAAGUAUGCCAGAAUUGAGUAAAUACAAUGACGAUAUUGAUUAGAUUCUA